UUGUGUUUGGACACCUAGAGAUCGAGCCCACAUUAGACCUGAAAGCUCCUCAUCCUUAUCGCGUUAUGUCCCAAAGCUUGGAUGCUGCCGAUGGGGAGUCCCAGCCCGCUCCGAUGAUCGCAGUGCAGGAUCUCUCUAAUCCACUGGGACAGCCUCUGCCAUGCUCUCAGGCCCACGCCAACACCUGUGCAGGCACCGAGCAGGCAGCAUCCAUGGCGGAUGAAACCUCUCCAUCCUCAUCCAGCUCCUUUGAGAUGAUCGACAUGGAUGCGGUUCCACCCGAGUAUGAGCCGGUGCAGCCCCACUGGUUCUACUGCCGGCGGGCGGACGCCAGGGACUCCUGGCUCCCCUUCAGCAGAGAGGACUCUCAGAAGCUAGAGAGCGCAUACAAGUCAGCUGCAAGGGAGGAGGUGGUGGUGGCCACGGAAGGGGAGCGCUAUGACAUCAAGCUAAGGGAAAGGAUGCGCUACGCAGUCUACUGGGAGCAGGCCCCAUCGGAGGUGCGGCGGUGCACCUGGUUCUACAAAGGGGACAAGGACAGCCGCUACAUGCCCUAUCCCGAGGACUUCAGUGACUCCCUGGAGGAGGCCUACAUGAUCGCUGUGACUCUGGAUGAAUGGAAGAGAAAGCUGGACUUUCCCACUGGGGAAACAGUCAUCUUACACAACCCGAAGCUGAUCAUGCAGUACCAGCCAGUUUCAAUGCAGGACGAGUGGGUGUCCUCGCCCUCAGAACAGACUCGGCCACGCACUGUCAAGAGGGGCAUUGAGAACAUUGCCGUGGAGAUCCCCGAUGGGGAGCCGGAGACGGUGGACCACCUGGUGUUCAUGGUGCACGGCAUUGGGCCCGCCUGCGACCUCCGGUUCCGGAGCAUCAUCCAGUGUGUGAAUGACUUCAGGAGUGCCUCUCUCAGUCUGUUAAACACGCACUUCAAAAAGGCCCAGGACGAGAGGAAGAUCGGGCGGGUGGAAUUCCUCCCCGUCAACUGGCACAGCGCGCUGCACGGGGAUGCUACCGGAGUGGAUGAGGACAUCCAGAGGAUCACUCUCCCCAGCAUCAGCCGCCUGCGCCACUUCACCAACGACACCCUGCUGGACCUCUUCUUCUACAACAGCCCCACUUACUGCCAGACCAUCGUCGACACGGUGGCCUCCGAGGUCAACCGCCUCUACCACCUGUUCCGGCAGAGACACCCGUGCUUCAGAGGGGCGGUGUCAGUGGCCGGGCACAGCCUGGGCUCCCUCAUCCUCUUCGACCUCCUGACAAAUCAGAGACCAAAUUCAGGAGAUGCAGGCUGUCAGGAGGGGACAACCAAUGGUGAUGCAGGUCCCCCUGACUUUAAGAGUCUAGAGGAAGCUCUUGAGAGGAUGGGCUUGGAGAGCUACCUCACUGUACUGAAAAAUGAACAGUUAGACCUGGAUUCUCUGGCUCUGUGCUCAGAGAAUGAUCUGAAGGAGCUGGGAAUACCGCUGGGACCCCGAAAGAAGAUUUUAAGUUUCAUAAGGAAGAGAAGGCUCCUGGAGGAGUACAGGGCAGGAACCCCGCUCCUGGCUCCGGGCCUGCAGGCGGGCAGAGAGGAUGUGGGGCCCGCCGGCUCGGAUGCGCAGGGGAGCAGCCAGCGGAACACUUUCCUCCGGGCCCUCUCCACCACCAGCGCGGUGGACUACGAGUACUUUGAUGUAGGAAUCGGGCAGCCGAACCGGGGCAUAGCCAUGGGGCAGGUGUCCAUCAACUACCCCCAGCUGGCCUUCCACCCCCAGACCUUCUUCGCCUUUGGUUCACCCAUAGGAAUGUUUCUCACAGUCCGUGGCCUGAAGCGCAUCGACCCCAACUACACCUUCCCCACCUGCAAGAGCUUCUAUAACAUCUACCACCCGUUCGACCCAGUGGCAUACAGGAUCGAGCCCAUGAUCGUGUCUGAUGUCGAGAUCGAGCCCAUGCUGAUUCCCCACCACAAGGGCAGGAAGAGGAUGCACCUUGAGCUAAAGGAUAGCCUGACUCGGAUGAGCACUGACCUGAAGAACAAUGUCCUGGGCUCCCUGCGCACUGCCUGGCAGUCCUUCUCGAGGCUACCCAUUGCUGCGCUGCCCCCCGUUGUUGAGGGAGAAAGCACAACAGCUGAGUCGCCCCCAGAGGACACAGAGGCCGGGAAAGAAACAGUUAAAAGGAAAGAGUGUAAGCCUGAUUUUUGGAAAAAAAUACUGGAGUGGCCCAGAGUAAUUAAUUUGAAUUACUUCCAAGGUAAGCCAGGUAACCCGUCGGAUAACGUUAGCGGUUGUUAUGCUUUUCCACUGUUGUGCUUUCUCUUCUGCACACUGGAAAUGCUUUAUUUAAGAAGAAUCUUACUUUUGGCAGGGCAGAAAGUAAAGCUGCUAGCAAUAAUGGACUCGUUCUUGCCUUUUAACAAUGUGCAAUAUUGGGCUUAUGUCUUGGAAAAUUAAUUAGGUAUUGUUUACUUGCUCUGAGAAAAGCUGUUCAAAUAGAAAUUCUCUAGUGCGGUGCGAUCGUAAUGCACUGAAAUUUAAUAACAGACUCUAAGAGAGACCGACUAAAUUAACUGGAAAAGGUUUUCAGAGAACAAAUAAAAACAGAUCAGGAAUGGGCAGCUGAUAAAAGUCUGCCCUGUUGUACAAAGUGCCCACUCCAUGGUACAUAUUUUGUUUAAUGUGUUUGAUUAUAAAAUACUUAUGAAGUUAAUGCUUAGGCCGAAUCAGUUCCAUUUUGCUCCCUUAAAUAAAGUAUAGUUUCAUUUUAGUCAGAACAGUGCUUUGUUGCAAAAAUGGCUUGCGCUUCAUUGUAGCUUGUUUUCCUCUCUUUCUUGAUCCCAUAUGGGACAAGAAUUUUCUGUGUGUCCAUUACGAUGUAAGUUGCGCAGACUGUGUACAAGACACUCUUGGACUUUCUAACCCACGUGCGUAGACUAUUUCUGAGCCUGAACCUGAGUACAGGGGAGCGCUCUCACAGAAAUGUCUGCUGGUAGUUUCUGGUUUCCCCUACACCCUCAUGAGCUCUGAUGUUGUGCCUCUUGCCUUCGGUGGUGUCUGUGUGCUGCUGUUUGCUUCCUGCAUGCCGUGUCUCUGAUAACAAGCGCUCAUGCACCUCUGCUGCAGAAUGCAUGCGCUCAGCUGAGCUAACCUCUCUGUGCUGUGAUGGAUGCAGGAUAUGGUGUGGGCCUUCACUGAUUGUCAGUUUAUUUGCUAGACAGCACAUGAGCGAAACGGACUGUUCGCAUUCUAAGGCCCCGGACAACAUAGAAACAUAAUAAUGGACGCUGAAUUCAGUGUUUGGUUUGAAACUACUUAUUUCUGAUGGUCUGCUCUGGCACUGAAAUUAUUAAGGAAGAAAGCUGAUAUCCUCUGUACUCAAAACACUGUUAAAAUAGAGCCAAAACCAUAACAAGCUUCACACUGAAUAGUACUCUUGCCAGAGAUAUAUAGGAACUGCAUAAAUCCUCAGAGAAACUGUAAAGUUUUCUGAAUGUAUGAAGUCAGACUGAAGCCCUGCCCAGCCCCCACCUCUCCCUCUGUGAUUGGUCUCACUGGACCACUCCUUUUCU